GGAUUGCCCCCUCUGGCUCCGUCGAGACGGGCGCUAGGACCCCGCGGACUCCCAUCGCCAAACUCACCGCAAAAGAGGCGGAAGUGCGAGAUUUAGCGCCAACUGUUGAAGAUGGAGUCGCACAAAGUGAAGGCGAAAGUGUCAGCAGCUUUCAAAAUGCGGGGACUUAUUCUUCGCCCUGACGCCAGCAGGUACUUGGUGGAGGUGUUGAGUUCCGUGAGUGAGCUGGAACUGGAGGAUGUUCUCGAAAAGGUGUUGGACGCUGUGGAGAAGCAGCCGCUGUCCUCCAAUAUGAUUGAGCUGUCCUUGGUGGAGAUAGCGGUCCAAGAGUGCAGCCAGUCAUGUGACGAAAACAUAGAUAAUGUCUUUAACAUUAUUGGAGCUUUUGAUAUCCCAAGAUACAUCUAUAACGGAGAGAGGAAGAAAUUUAUACCACUCGCCAUGUCCAACCAUCCUACCCCAAGACUUUGUGGAACCCCAAGGGACAAGGCAGAGCUAUUCAGAGAGCGUUACACCAUCCUGCAGCAGCGUAUACACAGACACGAGCUCUUCACACCCCCCGUGAUCGGAUCGGCCCCGGAGGAAGGCCAGAACAAAUUCCAGUUGAGGACAGUGGAGGCCUUGCUGGGAAGCACAGCCAAACUCAGGGAGGUGAUCGUACUGGGGAUGGUGACACAGCUGAAGGAGGGCAAAUUCUUCUUGGAGGACCCCAGCGGCACAGUGCAGCUCAAUCUCUCCAAAGCACAGUUCCACAGCGGUCUGUACACAGAGUCCUGCUUCGUCUUGGCGGAAGGCUGGUAUGAUGACUCCAUCUUUCACGUCAAUGCCUUUGGCUUCCCGCCCACCGAGUCGUCCACCAUCACCAGGGCGUAUUUUGGGGACAUUAACUUCUUCGGUGGCCCCUCCUCCACGUCAGUGAAGGCCUCGUCCAAGCUGAAGAAGCUGGAGGAGGAGAAUGAGGACGCCAUGUUUGUGUUCGUGUCGGACAUGUGGCUGGACAGCGUGGAGGUGAUGGAGAAGAUCCACACCAUGUUCUCAGGAUACUCUUCCAUGCCUCCCACCUGCUUCAUUUUCUGUGGGAACUUCUCCUCUGCCCCCUACGGCAAAAGCCAGAUCAAAUCUCUGAAAGAAUCCCUGAAGGCUCUCGCUGACAUGAUCUGCGAAUACCCCAACAUCCACAGCAGCAGCCGCUUCGUGUUUGUCCCCGGUCCUGAAGACCCGGGUCCUGGCACAAUCUUACCCAGGCCCCCUCUUGCUGACGACAUAACGGAGGAAUUUCGAAAGAAGGUGCCUUUUUCCGUGUUCACUACUAAUCCAUGCAGAAUACAGUACUGCACCCAGGAGAUAGUGGUGAUCCGUGAAGACCUGGUGAACAAAAUGUGCCGGAACUGUGUGCGUCUCCCUAGCAGCACUAUGGACAUCCCCAACCAUUUCGUGAAGACCAUCUUAUCUCAAAGUCACCUGACGCCCCUGCCGUUGUACGUCAGCCCAGUGUACUGGGCAUACGACUACGCCCUGCGGGUGUAUCCUCUGCCCGACAUGAUAGUCUUUGCGGACAAGUAUGACCCCUUCAACAUCGGCAAUACUGACUGUCUGUGCGUCAACCCCGGGUCUUUUCCAAGAAGCGGGUUUUCUUUUAAGGUGUACUACCCUUCCAGUCGAACCGUGGAGGACAGCAAACUUCAAGGUCUCUAAAUGACAACAUCACUACCAACAGAAAUGUGGAGCUUCCAUGGAGCAGCAUUCUGUGUUGCAAAUUUGUAGUUAUGUAAAAAUGUGUGUGAGUAUGUGAACUCAGUUUUUAAUUUCAGUAUUGUCGUGUGUUUGUAAUAAAGGUUGGUGUACCUUUUGUUAUAAGUAA